GCCGCGGAUUUUUUGAAAACGGAACGAAAAUGAGUGCGCGCAAGUGGAUAUCGCGAUUUAAGUUGCCGGCGGAACAGUCCAGCACGUAUCCUGUUGCCGUGGCCAGUUUUCAGGACCCCCGAACUCACAGAACGCUGGUGCUAGUGGCGGGUACGGAAGGAAUUGUGUCGAUCUCAGCGGCUGAUCAGAACCUGACUGGAUCCGAAGAUCCUUUCGCGUGUACGGUAGUUUAUGGAGGUCUUGUGAAAACGCUAAAGAUCACAGAAUCGCUCGUCCUAGCCAUUACACAGGAAGGCCAGCUGCUGGUUCUAGACAUGAGCUGCAAUCAGUUCGUACCGAUCGAUGGGUACUGCUGCGAAGGAAAGAUCCGACACGUUGAGCAAGGUGUACCCAGCAAUCAGCUGCUCGUCGUUCGACAAACGGAAACCGGCCCCCGCACGGUGCUGGAUGUGAUGGAAUCGGAUAACACUGAGCCGCAUUCGUUUCGUUUGCUGCAAAGCUACGAUCUUGCCCUAGACCUGGUGGAUCCUGAAACACGAGUCAUUGUGAAAGCCGUCCCUGUGGAGCCAGAAAAUCAACAGUUUCUGAGCAACUUUCUUGGUUUCAGUGAGUUGGUGCAUGGCCAGUGUGUUCUCCUAGCUUCGGCCAACAACAAGUUUUACUGGCUCCAGCAGCAGGAAGAGAACAUCGUUGAUCUGAAUGUCCUACACUGUUUUGCUUCGAACGUAGUAGACUUUGAGUUUUCUGCAACCAACCCCUGUUCGCUAGUUGUUCUGCUGGACGCCGGUGUGCUGAUGGUGUUUCGUGAUUCAUUUCAAUCGGAAACAGAAUUUUGCACCUCAUUUUGCAUUUGUCUGCAAUCCCCUCCGGUUGAAUCGUACGCCUUCGAUACGGUGCACAACAGUUUGCUUUACUCAAACGGUUUCGGUAUGUUCCGGUUGUGGUAUAACCAUGAGGCGGACAUCAAGGAUAACGCGAAACAAUGCGAAGAGAUAGCAGUGUACGGUGUGGUAGCGAUCGCGCUGAUCGUCCACCAGUCAAGAGCACUCCUGCUCACGGAAAACAAUCAGCUCUAUCUUUACGACGUAACGCCAUGGCAACGAAAUGCUACCUUCGAUCCGGCCCGGCUGGUCAAACUUGGGAGAAAUAUGCAUCGCACGACGAGGCGCUUAACCAGAAGAUUGACCGAAGAAGUGGAACUCGAUGGCCGAUUGGAGGAAGCAAUCGGCGUCGAGGAAUCGAAAUUCAACGUUUUAGCCCUGUAUCGGAACCGGCGAAUGUUCGGUCAGCUAGCAACGAUGGAAACAUCAUUCCACAGCGUAAUGCCAGCUCGUCCAUCGGGUACGUUGAUGCUGUCGGAAGGAUCGAAAGACGAUCCUGUGGCUCUGUUUGCCUGCGUCAAGUUGUCGCUAAAUCAAGAAUGCUUCGAACUGCUGGCCAAACAGAGACGAUGGUCCAUAUGCCUUUCGUACCAGCAACGAACGAUCGUUUGUCCCGUUCAUGAAUCGUUCAGCAAAGAAGGAGUUUUAAACGCUAUCAUUAUGCUGGGGAAAAGUCAACUCAACCGUGGUCUACCCGUCUUUCGUGCGCAAAUUUCAAGCGCCGUACUGCACGGUGGUGAUAGUGCUCUGUUAACUCUCACCCAACAGAUACCCAUUGGGAAGUGCUACAUUACGGUCGAUGAAACGGCCCCAUUUACCAUUCGCGAACAUGCACCCCAGAACCUUCGAACGGUGGCCGUUGAGGAGAUUAUAAGAUCAAACCGCGAAGGUCGAACAGAGAAGCCGCCUGUACUCGCUAAGACCCGUCUGGCGUAUGGAAUACUGAACGAAUCAUCGAAGCAAAUGGCGCUUAGCAUUACUGGCGAGCUGGUGAUGCACAUUCCUUGCACUUGGUACGCACUGGAUGAGCCGGUCAAUAUCGAUUGGCCCACCAAAAACGGUCCGAUCCGUCUUAGUUCGUGUCAUCCGGUGGCACUCGAUUUUGUGAAACGAUUUCUCCUCAAGGCGGACGAAACCAGCACUGAAAUGGCGUUACAAAGGGAAAAGUUGAAAGCAUUCUUCCUUGAGCUACAGGCCGCCCAAGAGGACGAUCUGAUUCGGCAACUUUACCGUCGCGUACGGAUCGGCGGUGAUGAGUUCGAUGGCGAGUCUUUAACAAAUUUCCAUCACCUAAAUUUCGAGACUAGCGACCGAGAGGCGGCAACAUAGUGUGCAAGGAAAACAGAUGAACGACCGCGGUGGACGAGAUUCUUCCCAAGCAAGUGCAACGACGCAAGCGCCAGAGUAUGUCAAC